CUGAAAAUUCAUUUCAGACGGUUUUUAUACAACCAGGUCAUGUCUCGGUAAUACACAGAGCACGAGCAUGUGGUAGACUGGUAUAUAAAAUGUAUUGCUGAUCAGUAUGUAAUAUCACGGAAUUAUCUCAAGCAAUGUGUAUACUACAAUGACGAACGAAGCUGCAUCAACAUACUUUUCAGAGUUCUUCCACUACGAGUCGGGAUAUUUGUAUUGUGAGGAGACGAAUGUUGGAGACGUCCGAGAAUAUGUGAAAUCGUCUUGUUUCCCAUCUAGUCCUUUCUUUUUAUAUAGCCGAAAUCAAAUACGACAUAAUGUGAGAGCUUAUCAGCAAGCUCUUAAUCAACAUGGCUUCAAAUCACAGCUUAAUUUCUCAGCCAAAGCAAACCCAAACAUUGCGAUUUUAAAGGAAUUGAGGACGCUUAAUUGUUCGAUAACUCUUGUCAGUGGAAUGGAGCUUAAGCUGGCACUCAGUUUAAACUUUGACCCAAGUUUGUUAAUGUUCAAUGGCAAUGGAAAAGUUGACUGGGAGGUUGAACUGGCCGUACAGGAGAGAGUAAUGCUGAACAUAGACGGGGCGUUCAACCUCGAACAGACGAUACGCAUAUGUAGAAAUUUGAACAGUACGGCUAGGGUUCUCCUAAGAAUCAACCCUAAUAUACAUGUGGAUGCACAUCAGUACUUAAGGACGGGUGAGCUGGGGUCAAAGUUCGGUACUCACAUAGAGGAAAUGGAUGACAUGCUGGAGAUACUUCGACAUGCCUCCGAGGUCACAUUGGUAGGAUUGCACUGUCACCUGGGGUCAACUAUAGAGAGAGUAGACAUGUACAGGAAAAGUGUUAUACUGAUGACUGCAAAAUUCGAAGAGUUAAAGAAUGAAUUUUCAGCGUUAAAGUAUUUAAAUAUUGGAGGUGGGCUUGGGAUACCUUACGAUAAACACGCUGCUAGAACAACUCCGUGUUUGCAACCACCUAUCUGGGAAAUAUCUAAACAUGGUGAUACUGAAACAUUUCAACAAUCUGCCUCCUCAGAAAGAGAUGUCGUUUCACAAUAUGAUUUCGAAAUGGAAAUGAAACAAUUGGUAGAUGAAGAUGUGCCUUCCGCAGACAACCGUUCAUCGUCCACCUCUAACCAAGGCCAUUCGUCAACCAAUCCGUCCCCAGCAGACUUGGUGGCAUCUUUUUCGGACAUGAUUGAUGACGACAUGGUGGUCAUCCUUGAGCCUGGGAGGUCACUAGUCGGCAAUGCUGCGAUCCUCGUCUCGUCCGUUCUUGGCUGCAAGACAAGUGGGGAUAAAAACUUUUUGGUAACUGACGGUAGUAUGACGGAGGUGAUACGACCUAGUCUGUACGGGGCGUACCACCACAUCGACCUCACAGAACCCACUCGACACUCGGCUGGCAAAAAAGUGUAUGACGUAGUUGGACCAGUGUGUGAAUGUGGGGACUUUCUCGGAAAGGGUCGUUUAUUAAACACGCCUCAUUCAGGAUGCGGACUUGCAGUGUUUGAUGUUGGCGCGUAUUGUUCAUCCCAAGCGUCAAACUAUAAUCUACGUCUCCGGCCAGCUGAGGUGAUUGUUGACGGACAAACAUGGAAGUUGGUCAGACGUCCGGACAGUUUUGAUGAUCUAGUGAGGCCAUUCAUGGUGUAGUAAACACCCAAUGACUUGAUAAUUCUUUUCGAUGUUAUACCGUGAACUAAUUAAAAACUCAAUACAAAAUUAUUGAAUAUACCCUAUUCUUAGCUACAAACUAUGUUGAUCAUACAUGAAGGCGGAGUUAUCAAACGCUUUAAAAGUUUUUAAAGUCUAAUACGACAUAAUUUUAUUAGGCAGGUUUGCACAGCAUAGAAGGGGUCUGCCUUUCAUCUGCUUUCAUCUCAUUUUAAGUAAACAUCUGAGCAGACGUAGUAUAGAAUGUAUAUAUGGUCCAUCGGUUCCCUAUCAGCAUAAACAUUAAUUCACAGGGCCAUCUGGGUUCUAGCCGGUCUUACCACAAGACAUCUCCCCUAUCUGCAGGUCAUGAUCACCGAUCAUAGAGAGGACAUGCAUCCAACCAAUUAGUAAUGCAGGGGUCAAGAUUAUUCUUAUCUCAAGCUCAGCCAGCUUGGCAUUCUGACACCCCAUAACCCCACUGUCCUGACAGCAACACAGUAAACAAAGGGUCUCCUCUCCCUACCUAAUUUAUUCUUAUCUCAAGCUCAGCCAUCUGGGCAUUGGGACCUUCCAUAACCUCACUGUCCUGACAGCAACACAGUAAACAGAGUCUCCCCUCUUUGCCUAAUUUACAUGUGCUAUAUUGGGUAUUGGUUCCUUACUGAUAAGGGAAAGAGUAUGAGAUCUAAUCCUAGGACCUAGCGUGGUCACAUGACAAGUGCUCUUUGUUCUAACAGUUCUAGCCAACUGCCCAGUUGUUUUCUGAUGGUCAAGCUAUACAGUCAUAUUACAAAAACACCGUGUCUUUGCUGGCCUGAGCAUAACGCCACCCAAGGAGUUUAGCAAAACAAUGCUAAUUCAAUUAUACAAGGAGAAUGCAGGAGCCGCCAUGACAGCUAUGGACAUUACGUCACCAUCAAAUACCACUACACAUUUUUUAACAGGAACAUAGUGGGUCAAGUUAUGGCCAUGUCAGGUCAUGGCCCAAUGUCGACCUCACAGACACAGAACACUGCAGAAACUGUAGUUCCAGCAACCAGCCGACCAGAUAUUAGUCCAGAUGGUGGACUGGUAACACCUCCACAUGUACAGAGCCUCUUCUUACAGCAGACAUGUAUAUCAUCAGAGUCUGAUCCUGCUGUAGAAAUAGUACCACCUGCUGCCCGCCAACAGAUUCUCGAAGGUAAGGACGUGAACCUUGUUUUGUUAUUACUACCUGCCUAUGCUAAUGAUAUCACUCGAUACAAUCGGUUCACUAAAGUAGGAGGACAGAUGUUCAAACUACAAACCGAUCCAAGACUCUGCAAGUCACGAACACUUGGAGAGUUCGUCAAGGCCUUUUCUGUAUAUCGUAACAUUAUGUGUGGACAUUACCCUAAUCGUCGCCAAGAAUUGGAUGUAUACGAACGUGAUAUUGUAGAACUGGUACUUUCAUAUCCUGGCCCUAUUUUCUAUGAAUAUCAUAAGGCCUUCACCGCCAGGGCGUCAGCCAUCCUACAUUAGCGAGGC